GCUAGUGCGCAUGCUCGUAUCUUCGCGGACUGAGAAACAGACCUCACAACAGGAAAAAAGUGUUAAAGACAAAGGAAACGGACAGCAUUUAGGAUAAGCAAAACCAGCUCACAUACCGUUUAACCCACCUUUUAAAGGUUCAGCUGACCCACCACCGGCUGGAACCGGGUGCUGAUGGAGAACAUAAUGCUCAGCAUUCUGGUGAUGGAAAGUCUUGCAGAACAGAAGGCUUGGUGACUGGGGGAACACAACUGUCAACGCACACAAACACUCACAGGAUGGAGGAAGUGGAAACACACAACAGAGGGAUGACAAUUUAAUUUAUGAUUUUGUUGGAGGAUCCUAUUUUUAUCAUACUUCUUUUUUCCUUCAAAUUCUGUCCUGAAUUCUACUUUCUACAUCCACUUCUGUUGAAAGAGGUGGUUUUUAUUCACCUUGCACCGUCCACCUCUCUCUGAGAGCCUACAUAGCAACACAGACUCCUCUCUUCCCAGAGGUUGAGGGGCUGCCAUGGGAACAGCGGUCCUGCCACCAAUGUAGCUUUCUGAAAGUGGUAGUGGUGGAGCUGGAGGAGGAGGACGUGGUGGAGGUGAACGUCCAGGGAUGGGGAGUACUCCAUAUCCAGCCAGUGAGUGGAAGGAGAAGGGCCGAGGUGGACUGCAGGAGCUGGGCUGCAUGCCCUGGAAGGUCAGCAAGCAGAAAGGUGGUGGAGGAGGGGAAGCAGUUUUGGGAGCAGAGGAGAGGAGGUGCAAAGAUCCGAGGGACAGUCAGCCCCAGCAGGAUCUCUCAUCCUCCUCUUCCUCACUCACCCCACCAGCUCCCCAGCAAACAUCUCCAACAACUCCGGCCAUAUAUCAUGAGAAGCAGCGAAGGGAGCUGUGUGCAUUGCAUGCGCUCAAUAAUGUCUUCCAGGAUGGGACAGCCUUCAGUCGGGACAUCCUGCAGGAAAUAUACCAAAGGCUAUGUCCCAGCACUUUGGUGACACCUCACAAAAAGAGCAUGCUGGGAAAUGGGAACUAUGAUGUAAAUGUCAUCAUGGCGGCCUUGCAGACCCGAGGGUUUGAGGCAGUUUGGUGGGAUAAAAGAAGGGAUGUAGGCAGCAUCGAACUCUCCAACGUGGAGGGCUUUAUCCUGAACGUACCGUCCAAUCUGCGCUGGGGGCCCCUCCGGUUGCCACUUAAACGCCAGCACUGGAUUGGAGUCAGGGAGGUGGGAGGAGUCUACUACAACUUAGAUUCUAAGCUACGCAACCCUCAGCAUAUUGGCAGUCCUGAUGAGCUCAGGAAGUUUCUCCGUCAGCAACUACGAGGGAAGAACUGUGAACUCCUGCUGGUUGUCUCAGAAGAAGUGGAGGUGCACCAAACAUGGCGCUCUGAUGGCUAAAAGCAACCAACUGCAUCAGUCAAAUGGGCGUGUGGCGCCAUUAACAGGAGAGGAGGCAGCAUUGUGCACAACCAGUCGCAUCGAUGCACCCUUGCAGUUGUAGCUCUCUCUUCACGCCCAUCCUCGCCUCUUUUGUUGGGUUUUGUUUACACGGCCAUCACUGAACACUUAUCUGAGACACAAAGUAAUGAAGGAGGCAAACACUUUACAGAUAUAAUCAAAGAAUCACAGUUCGUUCUUAUAAUACAGCUGAGACUAUCCUGUUCUUGCCUGUGUGUUUUUAUACAUAUUGAUGCCUAUUUUUCUGUGUCUGUUAUGGGAGUUUUGGAUCCAAGAAAAAUGCAGAUUUUUACGUUUUGAUGUUCACUAUUAAGUGACAGUGUUUUUUUCCCCUCCUUUUUCUUUGUUUUAAUUUACUCUAUAUUUCCCAUCCUUAACUUCUCACCUAAGUGCAUCCUUGCUUCAUUGUUACUAUACUUCUUUCCCCCCAUCUCUGUUUCAUCAAAUCACAGCAACAAAGCAAUGCAACACUCAGGCCAAGUACUCCCUCCAGUGGACAUUUGCUAAAGCUUGCUUAUAACAAUGAGUGACUUGGAUCAUCUAGUGUUUUAAAAUUACUCUAACUGUAAAGGCUUCUGUAAAUGAAAGACAUAUGUUAAUUGUUUAGGAAGUAUUGCACUACACACAAAUAUUGCCCAUUAGUAAAAAUAUGUAUAUUUUUUGUGAUCUUUUUAGGGUGAUGCUAAAGACUGACUUCCUGUUUGGAUCAAGUGCAGCAAAAUUUAUCCACCAAUACAUGAUGUGGAUGAUUAUUUUCUGAAGUCACGCAAUCAGCCUUGUGUGAGUUAUGAUGUUUGAUGACUUCAGAUUUAAAGUUUAAAAACCCUGACUUUACACUAAAGGAAAUAUAUGCUCGCUCUUCACCGUUCACAUGCCUCUCUAAGUCCUGAUUCAUUGUUGCCAGGGUAUAUAUUUUUUAUUCUUUUUUGCCUAAAUGACUUGUCCAAAGUGUCCCCACUGCAGCAGCCCUCUUAAGCACAUGAACUCCACAGAUUUUCCUAAUUUUCAGGCUUUAAUUCAAUUUUUUUUUUUUGUCAAAACACAGCAGCCAAAUACAGCUUUAAUAGGAAAUUACUGACUGUCCCAGCGAGUUAUUUACUGGAAUAAGUUGGGUCUAGAUUGGAGGAAUCACAGUAUAAGGAAGAUUUUUUAAGGUUAGUUAGGCGAUGAAUGUUGUUAGAUUGCAGAUCUGAAAGGACCUAAAGAGCAAAAUGUUUUUGGCGGUAUUAAUCCAGAAAGUAGAAUAAAAAGUGAAAGAUGAUAGCGAAGGCAAGGUGUCAGAUGUCCAAACAAACUGGUGUUGCUUCUAAAGAAAGAACGAGUUAGUUUGUGUAGCUAUUAAAAGUUCUUAUCCUUGUCAUAAACUCUUUGUAUUAUACAUGUUUCUAGACAUGUUAAUAAUUAUAUUGGCCUUAACUUGUUUACAUAAAAAUAUCUGAACAAUUCACAGUGGAUUUUGCUGUUUGGCACCAUAUCAGUAGAUAAAAUCCAAAGAAACAGUUUAUUAUAAUUUGAAAAGAGAAACGGUCAAUGCUCUAUUUUGCAGAGCAACUAUUCUGUGAUGAAGUUUCACAUUUUCUGCCAAGGAAUUUAUGUUACACAAUUUUUUUUAAACUGUAUGUUUUUGUUUUUUAUAAGCAAUCAAAAGUUACAGGUUGUGCAUGUUUUAUUUCAAAAUUGAAUCAACAUUGUCAUACUCCAGGCCUGUCUGUAAUCCUUUAAUGUCACAUUGUAUCCAUGUGAAACUGCAUUGAACUGUCAGAUGUUCUUAUUAACUGAACACAGACACGGUGACCUGUGUUGCACAUUUGCAUUCAUUGGCCUUUGCGUUAUUGCCAUGAUAAUCCAUUAAGUCCUUUUCAUUCGAGGAAUCCUGAUUGUCAGUGUACUUUAUUUUUUCAUAAAAAAUAAAAUGUUCAUAUUGUCACGUCAUGUAUCAUUGUGUGUAAAUCAGUAAUAAAGGGCAAAUUUGUA